UUUCACUAUAUUGUGCCUUGGUAUUUUUGUAUUCCUUUAAGAAUGCUAUCGGAUUCAUUUUCUUCUAUAAGAGUCGAACUUUGGCCAUGCUGCAUACAAAUACAGCCACCAUUGUAUGCAGCUAAAUUUACAGAUAUGUGUUUAUUGUUCGGUCAAAUGUCACACGGCGGAAGACAAAUAUUUUCACAAUUUUAGGCUGAGCAUUAUUGACUACACCAUGGAUAGAAUAGCAACAUUUAUUCAAGAGAAUUUAAAUGGAUAUAAUUUACCUGCAGAUGAUCUUGUAGAAAUACGAGGAAUUCUUCUACGAAGAUUCGGAGCGAAAUUCUCCGAUGGUCUUUCUCCAGAAGGUCGUAUAGCAAUGGAACAAGCUGCUAAACGUGAAGUGGAAAGCGCUGCAUGUUUACACAGGAUAAAACGGGAAAGUAAUGGACCUACUCAAGAUACAAAGGCGACCGGUGAUUCAACUAAAUCUUUAAUGAAACUGAAUUCGUUUACAGACACGAAUGACAAAGAUACCCCUUUGUUGUAUACCGACAUUAAUGAUGAAUCUAAUAAUACAAUAACAGUGACGAGAAAAGAUUCUGAUGGUAUUGUUUAAAACUGAAAUAAUUAGAGUGACGAAUUAGUAUAACCCAAAUAGGGUUAAAGUUAAGAUGAAAUGAAACUGGAUCAUAACCGUAAUUCGUAAUUCUGUCUAUAUGAAAAAUUAGGAUUUAAAGAUAUUCUGAUAUCCAGAAUUUGAAAAUUAUCGGAUUAUUUACUGUCACUUCUGUUACAAAAUAUGUGGUAAAAAUCUUGAAUAAUCACUUGAACUACACUAUUUAUAUAUUGUAUCAAAAAUAAAAUGAAAUGUAUGUGCUUUUACUCUGAAAGCACUAUUUCCAAUUGGACAUUUUUAAGCAAAAGAAAGAAAAGACAAAAAAAAACUACAUUGCGUUUCAGACACGAAAUAAAAUGUUAUCUAGUUUAUCAAAAUCUUACAGUUUCAAGUAUGUCAAAUCAUUUUAGUACCAGUUUUUAAUAAGUGAAUUGAACAAAAUAUUAAUAAAGAGAAAGAAAAAACAGACUAGCCAUAAGUAUCAAAGUUUUACUUUCAUAUUAAGAUAUACUCUGAUUCGGUAAUCUUUUUUGUCAUAAUGGAAGAGGCUUCGGUAUACUUUUCAUGUGCGCGUGCGAUUUGACAGAUAUCUUUGAGAAUGUAAUGUUAGAAGUUGUCAUUGCAGUCAGAUAUUUUUGCAUUGGUCCCUGACUCACGCAUAAAAUAAUUAUAAUAAUAAACGGUACGUGCCCGCGUGAAUUUAUCCGAAAGUUUAUUUUGCUUUAUUCUCCGUUAAUGUCCACCUGUGUACGUAGUUUUUAUAUAAAAUUAGAUAUAUGAAAAAAAAUCUGUUGCAAGAAUGAACUAUCGAAGGCUACUUUUGAUCUUGUUUGACAAAUCAUUUCUUAUUCUAGCCACAAUGCAAUAUGUUAAUAAACACACACGGUAAUAAAAAAAAAACUCACAAAAUAAGAAAAUAAAAGCAUGUGGUAAAAUUGUUAUCUAUUUGAAAAAGAUUUCACUAUGUCUUAUAUAUCUAAAUACAUGAUUUCACAAUCAUUCAAAUACGAUGAUUAUAUAUUGUUUAUAUAAUCUAUAUGAUUACUGAAAUAGCACGUUUAUCAAAUGCGAAAGUAUUAAUCUAACAAAACAACAGCCCUUAUAUUUAUCAUUAAUGUUUGUAUUUAAUACAUACGCCGUCCUUUGUCUGUUUAUGUACUGGAAUUUAUUUGCAGGGGCUUAGAUAGCUUACUAUAUCAACAGUAAGUUUUUUGUCGAUUUAAAGCCGUAAAGCAUGAAAUAAAUAUAAUUUUCAACGGAAUAUGUGGUAAACUUUAAAUUACAUCAAAUAUGCAUUGUAUCAGGAAAAUGAUAUAAAAACGCGUUUUCUUUCGCAGCUGUUUAAAUAAAUUAUUAUCAAUGUAAAUAAGGAGAAAGAACCUAAUUACACCGUCAGAUACGUUCGUGAAG